AUGGCGAAGAUAUCAAAACAGCAGAUUCCUCCAAGUCCAGAUCAUCCUGAAAAUGAUGAAGAAGAUGAUGUCCCUCUGGAAUCUCCACGAGGUAAUACCCCUCCUAGAUCACCUCCACAAAUCGAAUCUCUACCUCAUAAAAUUCCAACCCCACCUCCAUCACCGAAACCGACACCACCAAAACCGACACCGAAAGUCCCAGUUUCGGUUGUUCCCACUUCCACAACCAAAACCUCUCUACCACCACCACCAAUUUCUUUUGUUUCCAUUCCUCCAACAACCUUAUCAACUCCAAUCAUUACCCAAACCACCACCACUACACUUCCUGAUAUAUCCGCCGGGUUCAUCAAUACAACAUUCCUUUAG